AUGUACAAUGGAGGCCAGGCCGGGCUAACCUUUUGGAGCCCGAAUGUGAAUAUUUUUCGAGACCCACGGUGGGGCCGAGGCCAAGAGACGCCUGGUGAGGACCCGUGGUUAACCUCCCAAUACGCAGUUAGCUAUGUGAGGGGGUUGCAAGGCAACGACACCAAAAAUAAGUUAAAAGUUGCCGCUUGUUGCAAGCACUUCACCGCCUACGAUCUCGAUUCUUGGAACCGAGUCAAGCGCUACUAUUUCAAUGCCGUGGUAACCGAACAGGAUUUGGAGGAAACAUAUAAUGUGCCUUUCAAGACUUGUGUGAUUGAAGGCAAAGUUGCAAGCGUAAUGUGCUCUUACAAUCAGGUCAACGGAAAGCCCACUUGUGCGGACCCUAGCCUCCUUGGUGGCACUAUUCGAGGCCAGUGGCAUCUUAACGGGUACAUUGUUUCGGACUGUGACUCGAUCGACGUUUACUAUAGGCGACAACAUUAUACACCCACACCAGAGGAUGCAGCUGCUCUUGCCCUUAAAGCAGGUUUGGACUUGGAUUGUGGGCCUUUCCUUGCGAUCCACACACAAGGAGCAAUAAAUGCUGGAAAACUAAGGGAGAACGAUGUUAAUCAUGCGUUGGGCAAUUUAUUGACUGUCCAGAUGCGUUUGGGUAUGUUUGAUAGUCCAGAAGCAAAAUACAAAGAUUUGGGCCCAAAGGAUGUGUGCACAAAAGCCCAUCAACAGUUGGCUCUCGAAGCAGCCCAUCAGGGCAUUGUUCUGUUGCAAAAUAAUCAAAACCUUUUACCACUAUCCACUAAAGGCCAUCAUACAGUUACUCUUAUUGGGCCCAACUCAAAUGCCACACAAACCAUGAUAGGCAAUUAUGCUGGAAUUCCAUGUGCCUACAUUAGUCCCUUACAAGGCAUAUCAAGUUAUGUGAAUAAAAUUAUUCAUGCAAUGGGAUGCGGAGAUGUGCGUUGCAACGAUACUCAGAAAUUCGAAGAAGCUGAACAAGCUGCUCGCAAAGCCGAUGCCACGAUCCUAGUUAUGGGCCUCAGCCUAGACAUUGAACGUGAAGGCUUGGACAGGGUUGAUGUAUUACUGCCGGGCCACCAACAAGAACUUAUAUCAAGAGUGGCCGAUGCUUCUAAAAAGCCCGUUAUACUUGUGUUGAUGUCAGGUGGCCCAGUUGAUAUCUCCUUCGCCAAAUACAACCCUAAAAUUGGCGCGAUUUUGUGGGUCGGGUAUCCGGGUCAGUCUGGAGGACUGGCAAUUGCGGAUGUUAUAUAUGGAAAAUUUAAUCCAGGAGGGAAAUUGACUAUGACAUGGUAUCCUCAAGAAUACAUCGGCAACGUGUCCAUGACGAAUAUGAACAUGCAUGCUGAUCCGAAAACGAAAUAUCCUGGCCGAACAUAUAGAUUUUACUAUGGCCCGACUGUGUAUUCGUUUGGAUAUGGACUAAGUUACACUUGCUUCAAGCACACUAUAGCUCACAUAACGACAAAUAUUUCCAUCCCAUUGAUAAGUUCGAAAGCUCCUAAGAAUUCGACCCUAUCGAGUAAAGCUAUUAGAGUUUCAAGAACGCGUUGUGAGUCUUUAUCUUUUGAAGUGCAAGUUGAUGUAGAGAACCAAGGGAAAAUGGAUGGGCACGAAACGAUAAUGAUUUUUGCCUCCAGAAACGGCUCGAAGAAGCAUUUGGCAGCAUUUGAGAAAGUUCACGUCUCUAAAGGAGGAAAAAAGCGCGUUACAUUAAACAUCGACGUGUGCAAACAUCUGAGUUUCGUGGAUCGAUUUGGAAUUCGAAGAAUCUCGAUGGGUGAACACCUUCUCCACAUUGGGGAAAAUCUGAAACAUGCCAUUAUGAACUCAAAAUCUGCUGGGCUGGUGGAUUCUUCUCGUCGGACUAGAGAAGCUCUUCGGGAGCGUCGCCGGGAACACGCGUGUUGCAAACGGUGGUCGCCGGGAUCAAUGGGCGGGUCGCGGGGCUACGGCUGGCGGACGACAUCGCGGACUGGGUGCGGUCCUCGUCAGCGUGGGGCGGACUGCUGCUUGCAGUUGCGGCUUGCGGUGUUCGUCGACGAUGGAUGGCCAGUGAUCGCGGGUCUCAUCGUCGGUUAA